CUGCCGAUCGAACCGCUCGAUACAGCAGACGCCCAACUUGGAGAGCGUGCCAGGCGCGUUCAUAUCUGAAGACAAGAAGUCAAGCGUCCCAUCACCACAACCGACUAACGAAGCUCCCACCAUGGCCGAAGCACUCAACCCGAUCGGCAUUGCCAAUCUUCCCAACCAGCGCCACAAGAUCGUAGCCAAGCGCGGCGCUGCCUUCACCAUCAUGGUGGCUGGUGAGUCGGGCUUGGGCAAGACCACCUUCAUCAACACGCUCUUCUCUACCACCAUUAAGAACUACGCGGAUCACCGUCGUCGGCACGCAAAGCAGGUCGACAAGACUGUCGAAAUUGAAAUCACCAAGGCCGAGCUGGAGGAGAAGUUCUUCAAGGUCCGCUUGACGGUCAUUGAUACCCCCGGCUUCGGCGACUAUGUGAACAACCGCGACUCAUGGCAACCCAUCAUCGAGUUCUUAGACGACCAGCAUGAGAGCUACAUGCUGCAAGAACAGCAGCCCAAGCGCACGGAGAAGAUCGAUUUGCGCGUCCAUGCAUGCCUCUAUUUCAUCCGCCCGACCGGCCACACACUGAAACCGCUGGACAUUGAGGUGAUGAAGCGACUGUGUACACGCGUCAAUCUCAUUCCGGUCGUGGCCAAGGCGGACACCCUCUCACCAGCUGAUCUCGUGAGAUUCAAAAAUCGCAUUCGAGCUGUGAUCGAUGCACAAGGUAUCAAGAUCUACACUCCACCGCUCGAGGAGGACGAUGAAGCCGGGCUUCAGCAUGCUCGCAGCCUCAUCGCCGCGAUGCCAUUCUCCGUCAUCGGCUCCGAGCGCGACGUGACCACCCACGACGGGCGCACGGUCAAAGGCCGCCAGUACGCCUGGGGCGUCGCCGAAGUCGAGAACGAAGAGCACUGCGAUUUCAAGAAACUCCGCGCCAUCCUUAUCCGCACGCACAUGCUCGACCUCAUCCACACCACCGAAGAGAACCACUACGAAGCCUACCGCGCGCAGCAGAUGGAGACGCGCAAGUUCGGCGAGGCGAGGCCGAGAAAGCUGGACAAUCCCAAGUUCAAGGAGGAAGAGGAGGCGCUGCGCAAGCGCUUCACUGAGCAAGUUAAGGUCGAGGAGCAGCGGUUCAGACAGUGGGAGCAGAAACUCAUUGCCGAGCGAGAUCGCUUGAACAAGGACCUGGAGCUGAGUCAUGCGGAGAUUAAGCGGUUGGAGCAGGAGGUCGAGCAGAUGCAAGGGAGUGUGGCGCGGAGUGGGAGACGCUGAAAAAGCCGUUGUUCAUUGCGGAGAUGCACGGUAUCAGGUUGCAAGCGGGCGUUUUCGCGAAAGGGGUUGCUUUGCGGUGCAAAAGAUACCACUGCUGCCAUAUUGUGUGCUGUUGCUAGCUGAGUGGGAAGGGAUACGUUACGGUAAGUCGAGUGCAGUGCACUCGCUUUCCACGUAUCUCAUGCGG